GUGAUUUUCGUAAAACGAGGCCCAAAAUCAGGUAGGACGCGUCAUAUUUUUCUUUUCACGUGUUGUUUUCUGCUACCCUGUUUACGUUUUUUCGCCAGAAAACGCCUAUACCAGUUUAUUUUUCCACACCUUUCGUCUGUGCCUAACUGGAUACAUUUGAAUGCUUUCCAGAGUUGUUCUGAGUCAAAGUAAGCGGCUUUGUGAAGCGUCGUUUACGACUCUUUGUUCGUCGUCGUCCACGAAAAAUCUUCGGGCUGUAAGCCGACUAAUUAGUAAUUACCCUAAUCAGAUUCUACUCACCGAUAAUCCCGCGUUCACCGGAAAGCGUUUUUUAUCUGGUUCAAGCGUGAAAUUUGGGCGCUGGUUCGACGACGAGGAGUUCCCGCCACUUCCACCGUACGAUCCAAAUCAAAAAUUCAGCAUGGUGGAUCACGAUGAUGGUAAUGUAAUACGGGCACGUGGUUUGCCUUGGUCCGCAACUGCUGAUGAAGUUAGGAGCUUUUUCAAAGGUUGUAAAAUUGCUGAAACUGAAAAUGGGAUAAAGUUUACAUAUACCAGAGAAGGUCGGCCAAGUGGAGAAUGUUUUAUAGAACUUGAAACAGAAGAGGAUGUCAAAGUAGCACUGGAGCGGCACAAUGAUCACAUGGGACACCGAUAUGUUGAAGUUUUUCGAUCAAAGAAGAGUGAAAUGGAUUGGGUUAUAAAACGAAGUGGUCCAAAUGCUGUGCAAGAUAAUGAUGGCUGUGUCAGGUUAAGAGGUUUGCCUUUUGGUUGCUCAAAAGAGGAAAUCGCUCAAUUUUUCGGUGGGUUGGAGAUAGUGGCCAAUGGGAUAACACUACCUACAGACUACCAUGGGCGCAGUACGGGGGAGGCUUAUGUUCAAUUUUCAACAAAGGAUAUAGCUGAGAACGCAUUGGGGAAACACAAGGAGAGAAUAGGGCACAGGUAUAUUGAGAUAUUUAAAAGCAGUAAAGAAGAGGUAAGACAAGCCCUUGGUUUGAAACCUCGACCGUUAAUGAAUAACAGACCAGGUCCUUAUGACCGAUUUGGUGGCGGCGGCGGAGGUGGUAUGGGAGGAGGCGGCGGUGGUGGUGGAGCUGGAGGUACUGGUGGUGGUGGCCGUGGAUACGGUGGUCGCGGUGGAUCUGGUUAUGACAGAAGAUACAGAGGAGGAUAUGGAGGCAAUGAUGGUUAUGGAGGUGGUUAUGAAGACGACUAUGAUGGUUAUGAUGAUUACUAUGGCGGAGGUCAAGGUGGUGGUGGAAUGUCAACAGGAGGAUAUGGAGGACAAUCCAGGAGAGGUGGUGGCGGCGGAGGGAUGGGUCGUGGUGGUGGUGGAUUUGGAGGAGGUGGUUCAAGGGGGAGGGGUCGUGGAGGAAACUACUCUGGGCCAGGAAGUGAUCGUAUCAAAGGUGGCUUUGUCAGUACAACAGGACAUGUUAUACACAUGAGAGGUUUGCCAUUUAGAGCUACAGACCAGGAAAUCAGACAGUUCUUCCAGCCAGUUAAUCCAACCAAAGUUCACAUACAAUACGAGUCGGGUGGCAGGGCGACUGGAGAGGCUGAUGUUGAAUUUGCAACACAUGAAGAUGCAGUGGCAGGCAUGUCAAAAGACAAAGCUCACAUGCAGCACCGCUAUAUUGAGUUAUUUUUGAAUUCCUCUCAAGGAUCAAUGGUAGGUGGUGGUGGCGGCGGCAGCGUAGGUGGUGGCGGUGGAACUGGUGGAUUUGGAAAUCAAGCUGGAGGAAUAGGAAUGUCAGGUCAAUCUAAUUUUGGACAGAAUAACCAGGGUGGAUUUGGUGGACAAGAUAUGAUGAACUCUGGCAUGGGAGGUGGUAUGGGAGGUGCCGGUGGUGGCAUGACGGCAGGCAAUGCUGGCAACUUUGGCGGUGGUUUUGGUGGACAAGGGGGAUACCAAAGUAACCAAGGCAAUAUGGGAGGACAGACUGGAUUCUACAACAGUGGAACAGGAAUGGCUGGAAUGAAUCAAGGAAUGGGAGGGGGGAUGCAAAUGGGACAAAACACAGGAUUUGGAAGUGGCUUCUAAAACUUUGUUUUGUGAUGGUAGCUAUUUUGUGUGAACCAUUGGAUCAUGGCAUCAAAAACAUGCUUCAAUUUUUGUUAGUAUAACUAAGAGUGUUCAUCAAAAUAUUGUUUUUUAAGUAGUGCAGAUAUUUUUUACCGUUCAAGUUUUUGAGAGAGCACUGCCUGGGUAUGGCUAUUAGGCCAAUAAACAAAAUUGGUCAAAGAUAAGUGUAAGAAAUUUUCUAGAGAUGGAGGUUUGAUUAAUUUUAAUGUUCAUAAUACUGGGAAUUUUGUCUAUUUUGUUGUGAACAUUGUCCUUUGAUGUAAUAAAAUUAUUGUAUACCUAAAA